CGCAGUCAUGGCGGACAAGUUGUCGGAUGUUGAACUUGUGGAAGAAUUGAGACGAUUCGGAGAAGAAGUAAAACAACCUAUCGAUAGAAAGAAGAGGCCAAUAUUAGUUAAGAAACUUAACCACCUAAGGGCUCGCGAAAAUGCUUCAAACAGGUUGAAGAAAGCAACAAAUUCCCGUAAAAAACAGAACGUGGAGUUCAGUUCUGAAGAUGAAAGCGAAAUUGAAGACGUUGCGGCGCCAACAACUGCGAGUCGAUUAUCGGGUAGGAAAUCAUUAAGACAGAACACAUCCGCAUACUCUAGUAUUACAGAUACCAUAGAAAUGUCACCAAAUACAAAAAGAACAAAUUCCAGAUCUCGGCGAAGCAUAACUAGCGCUAAAGAUCCGCCUGUAGUAAACAGUUCGCAGACGAACACACCGGGUCCAUCAGGUUCAGCCAGAUUAUACCCCGAUCUCGGCCGUUUCUCUGACGCCGAUAACGCCAAAUCGAAAGGAAGAGGGUGGAAAUACCAAAGGAAUACUAAUGCUGGAGAGGAUUCAUAUGAUUACAAAGGUGACUUUUCUGAUUCGGACCCAGAAGAAAGCAUGUACGAGGUGGUAAACAAAUCGAUGAACACUACAUUUCCUGUUGCUGAAAGCGCAGCCAGAAAUGAGGAAGAAGACGACGAUGAUGCAGAUGAGGAUGAUAUCGUGAAUGACAACAGGGACUUUAAUACUAGGUUUUCAACUAGACUUCGUGGUCGUCACGAAGUUUCCAAAAAUAACUCUUCUAAAAAAACUACUACAUCACAAACAAAACAGAGUAAAACAUCAAAUCAUGUCAAUUCUUUUACAGAAGAAGAAAUUAGACAGUAUGGUUUCAAAACACAUGAAGAUUCACAAAAAAUGAAACCGCCAGUUGCAAGUUAUGUUUCCACAGGGAUUCUUAUUAUUGUGGCAGUGUUCUUUGCCUCCCUUGGAAUGUUAUAUAUUUAUAUGCGUGGUGAUCUCCUUCAUGGAAUCAGUAAUGUCUUCAGCAGUACUGGUGAAAAUGGCUUUGUACAUCUACCAAAGUGCGAAAACAACAAAGACAAAGAUUGUUACUCGGACAGCGAGGCAGAUAUUGCGUUGGACCUGGUCACAACAUUGGAAUCCUUCUUAAAAUCAAAGACAGGUGAGGAUGAAAACCCAAGCUGUUCUGUUGAAGAAGCUAAAGAAGAAAUCCUGGUGAAAGAACAGAAAAAGCUGAAGGAAUACAACUCGGAGAAGGUGUUUACUGGUACCUUGAUGCUGAUUCUGAAAAACCCUUAUUGGAAUAUAAGGGUGCUGACUGUGGGAAAUGCUUCUGCCUCAACUGUUGAAGAUAUUUUUCGUCUGGAGACUGACCCUGACCUGUCCUUGGUGGUUAGGGUCUACGGGGCACUGUACAAGAUCCUCCUGGGAGUCGUGCUUCUCCUCAGCUGUUUUGUAAUAAUGAUGAUGGGGGUGUUGGUACUGAGACAUCGACAGAAGUCAAAAGAGGAAGAGAGGAAAAAGGUCUUCGAAAUUGUGGAGAAAAUUAUCGACAUGGUAAAAGAGAACUUCGAUACAAAUGAACAAGACAGUCGCCAGCCGUCCUACAUGGCCGUCCAGCAUGUCCGUGACCAGCUCCUCCCUCCUUCACAGAGACGGCAGAUGGUUCCACUAUGGGAGAAAGCUGUCAAAUUUAUUGAGGCCAACGAGUCGAGGAUCCGUGUUGAGACUCAGAACAUACAGGGCGAGGACUUCCUUGUCUGGCGUUGGCUACCGACAAAUUCAAGCUGUGGAAAAGUUUGGCAAGGCCAAGCUUUUGGAGAGAAUAAUGUAUCAGCAGGCAACACACUCCAGUAUAGCCCAACACCAUGUCUGAAGAUUCGCAACAUGUUUGAUGCUGAUGUAGAGACAGCAGAUGACUGGGACGUGAAUGUCCAGGACGCUGUACUAGAGAAGUGUAAAGGGAUCACUGGGAUCCUACACAUCUUUGUAGACCGGGCCUCCAGUCAGGGUUGUGUGUACAUGAAGUGUGACAGUUGUGAGACAGCCUACCAGGUUUAUCGCUCCCUUCAUGGCUGGUGGUUUGAUGGUCGCUUGGUGACAGUGAAGUAUCUCCGUCUGGAGCUUUAUCAUGAUCGUUUUCCAAAUUCUAAGAAAAAUAUAAAGCCUCUGCUGCCUUCAAAUAACAGCAUGGCUUCACUUUCCCACCCAUACCAUCGCUCAUUGCUUGAGAUGACAUAGACUCAUUAGUGCUGUGUGGUGCUAUAUCAUCUUGUAUAUCUCUUAUUUGUUUCUACAAAAUCAAUAUUAAUUGUUUGCAUACCGAGAAUAAUGAAGGAUAAAGUGAUAAAAUUGUACAUUGUACAUUAGUAGUGCCUUGUAUGUCAUAAAAUUCAAAGAACAGAUAUUGUCAGUGCGUGAACAAGUUUGUAGAGUGUGUAAUGAUCUGUCAUGUGAUUAUUUUAUAUUUAUCUUUGGGUAGUAACAUUUGUGGCUAUAGCUAGUUUUACUAUCUUAAAAUUGAUCAUUUAAUUCAUGCAGAAAUUUAAAUUUCAAAAAGAAACAGGGACUUGUUUUGUAUUAUAUUUGAAAUAAUUGGUUGAAUUUUUCUUGUAUGGAUGAAUGCUGUAUCUAGUAUUACAGGUUCAUGUAUUUUAUGUAAAAACAAUUUAACAGGAAAAAAAUGCUCCAGAACCAAAUAUUGUUACUAUACAUAUGAAUGUUGAAUACCAAAGUAAACAGUAUUACUGGAUUUAAUGUCAGAAAUUGUAAAACCUACCAGUGUUGUUACCAUAACAGUCAUCAGGUUCCGAGUUGUAUGACUAUGUUGACAGGAGUUCCUGAAAAGUGCAUUUCUCUGAAAUCAAAACAACUUAGAAAUAUAUAAAUCUUGCAAAUACUUAAUGCUUAUUAUCCACUCAUACUUGUUUAUUUGUAGGGAACUGUGACUUCACAUUUACAAUGAUUAAAAGUUCUUGGAAUUUCCAUAACUUAGUCUGACACAUGAUAAUGGAAUUACAUAUUGGAUACU